CUACUAUAUCAAAUACUACAUUAUCUUCUUCUUCUUCAUGGGUAGUAUAAACAUAACCAUUCUCUCUGAACUCUCUGUUUCAUUACUCUCUGCAACGAUGGAGAGCCCUAUUAAUGGCGAAAACCAAAGAUCAUCAGAAAACCUUAGGACUUUUAACGAAAAAGUAGCUCUACAUACUUCUUAUCAAACUCAAUGCUUCAUAAAUGAGGAAGAAAACUUAGAUGAGAUGAUUGAUAGUACUUGUUCUUCACCGUACGUUAGUGCUCCUUCAAGUCCCGGAAGUAACAGAGAUUAUAAUAAUAAUAAUGGGUAUUUUUUUAGUGCUCCAGCAAGUCCAAUGCAUUACAUUCAAUCGAAAUCAAUCUCUGUUUCUUCUUCGACAGUGAAUAUAAGUUCAUCAGGAUCAUUUGAGUUUGACUUUUCUUCAAAAAGUAAUUCCAUAAGUACAGCAGAUGAGUUGUUUUUAAACGGUCAGAUCCGACCAAUGAAACUUUCAUCUCAUUUACAGAAACCACAGAUCUUAACUCCAUUAAUAGAUCUUGAAAAUGAAGUAGAAGAAGAAGACGAAGAAUCAGUGUUUUUGAAACGAGAAGGUAGGUUGAGAAAUGGAUCUAUACAUCGUAGAGCUAGAUCUUUAUCUCCAUUAAGAAGUUCACAAUCUCAGUGGCACCGACAAGAAGGAAAAGAAGAAGAAGAAAAUAAACAAACACAUUCCGUCGAAGAAGAUGAUGAAGAAGAAAGCAAUACUACUACUCCAUCAGACUCUGCUUCAACUUCAAGAUCUUCAUCAACUUCUAGUAGAAGCUCAAAGAGAUGGGUUUUCUUAAAAGAUUUUUUAAGAAGUAAAAGUGAAGGAAGAGGAAUUUAUUCCAAAGAAAAGUUCUGGAAUUCAAUUUCAUUCAAUCCUGUCAAAGACAAGAAACAAUCCGUUUCUUCAAUUUCAGUGACGAAUGACAAAGAAAAAACUGUUACUGCUACUACUGAGAAGGUUGAGAAGAAGAAAUCCUCAGUACCCGCCAAAAAAACUGUUAGACCGAUUAACGGAAUCGGUAAGCGGAGAAUACCAGGGCCUUCAGCACAUGAAAUGCUGUACACUUCGAAUCGAGCACAAGCUGAAGAGAUGAAGAGGAAAACUUAUUUACCUUAUAGACAAGGAUUAUUGGGGUGUUUAGGUUUUAGUUCAAAAGGUUAUGGCGCCAUGAAUGUUUUUGCUAGAUCUUUAAACACCACUGUUUCUUCUAGGUAAUCAAACAUUCUUCUUCAUUUUCUUCUUGUUGUGUAUAGUAUGAUAUGAAUGUUAUUGUUUACUUGGAAUAAUUUGUUAUGUUAAUAAUUAAGAAAUUAAUUUCUCAUUUCUCUAAUUUCUUACACUUAAAGAGAUUUGAAGAUUUUGAGUUUAAAUGUUGAAA